AUGGAGGUCGGUGCGGCGCGGCUGCUGGCGGUCCUGCUGUGCCUGGCUCCCGGUUUAUUUAUGCCUCUGGAUCAGCCAACCCUUAGCAUCCAAAAAGAUGUCCUCACAAUAACUGCCAAUGACACUCUAAACAUCACUUGCAGUGGUCAGAGGCCACUGGAGUGGUACUGGCCCAGCAACCAGAGCAGUGCUGAGAAGCGUGUCUCUGUGACAGACUGCAGUGAGGGCCCCUACUGCAAGACACUCACCCUCCUCAGAGUCAUUGGCAAUGACACAGGGGACUACAGGUGCCUCUACAGGGACAGCCAGGCAGCUACCACCAUUUAUGUCUAUGUUCAAGAUUACAGAUCUCCAUUUGUGACUUCAGUUAGUGACCAGCUUGGCAUUGUGUACAUCACUAAGAACAAAACCGUGGUGGUGCCGUGCCUUGGAACCGUCUCAAACCUCAACGUGUCCCUGCACGCGAAAUAUCCAGAAAAGAUAUUUGUUCCUGAUGGGAAAUCCAUUUCCUGGGAUAAUAAAAAGGGCUUCACCAUACCCAGUCAUUUAAUCAACUAUGCAGGCAUGGUUUUCUGUGAAGCUAAAAUAGAUGCUGAAAGCUACCAGUCUGUGAUAUACAUAGUGGCAGUUGUAGGAUACCGAAUUUACGACCUGACAAUGAACCCACACUACCAAGUGGAGCUGGCAGUGGGGGAAAAACUUGUUCUCAAUUGCACUGUGAGGACAGAGCUGAAUGUGGGAAUUGAUUUUAAAUGGGACUACCCUUCCAUCAAGGAAAAACGUGGCACCAUAAGGGAUUUAAAGACCACUGCAGGAGAGGUGAAGAAGUUUGUGAGCACUCUGACCAUUGAGAGCGUGGCCCUGAGUGACAGGGGCCGGUACACUUGUGCAGCAUCCAGCGGCCGGAUGAACAUGAAGAACAGCAGCUACUUCAUCAUCCACGAAAGUCCUUUCAUUCAUCUGGAGAGAAUGGAGAAUGUGGUCGAAACAAGGCUGGGUGAGACAGUCAAGAUUCCUGUCAAGUUUAAAGGAUAUCCUCCCCCAGAGGUGAAAUGGUAUAAAAAUGGAAAAGCCCUCAAUGCCAAUCACACAGUUAAACUUGGCUACACCUUGGUGAUCUCUGAAGCAACUGAAAGAGAUGCUGGGAAUUACACUGCUGUCCUUACAAACCCUACUAACAAGAUGCAGAAGAGACACACAUUUGCUCUGCUUGUCAAUGUGCCCCCUCAGAUCGGCGAGAACGCGCUGCUGGCCCCUGUGGACUCCUACAAGUAUGGCUCAACACAGGCCCUCACCUGCACCAUCUACGCUGUCCCACCACCCACCACCAUCCUCUGGCACUGGCAGCUGGAGGAGGAGUGCACCUUCAGCCCCCAGAAGGUUCGUUCAGGAGCCAAUCCCUAUGCAUGCAGGAAAUGGAAAGUGAUCUCUGAGAGGAGAGGUGGCAACCAGGUUGAGAUCAAGCACCGAAUUGUGACUAUUGCUGGGAAAACAAAGACUGUGAGCACCCUGACAGUUCAAGCAGCCAAUGUGUCUGCUUUGUACAGAUGUAUGGCUACCAACAGAGCUGGCUCCAGUGAGAGGGUCAUCUCCUUUCAUGUGACCAAAGGUCUGGAAAUUAACCUCCAGCCUCGGCAUCAAGUGACGGAGAAGGAGAACACGUCCCUGCAGUGCACAGCAGACAAAUUCACCUUUGAGAAGCUGUCGUGGUACAAGCUGAGUGCCCAGGCCUCCCAGAGUCCCUUUGGAGGGCUGCCCAUGCCUGUUUGCAAGAACCUCAACGCCCUGCAGAAGCUGAACGCAACAGUGUCCAGCACCAACGGGGAGAACGUCACCUUGGAGCUCAUCCUGCGCAACAUCUCCCUCCAGGACGGAGGGGACUACGUCUGCAUCGCUCAGGACAAAAAGGCUAAGACACAGCACUGCCUGGUGAAGCACCUCACUGUUCAAGAGCCCAUGGCACCCACACUGGCAGGAAAUCUGGGAAAUCAGACAACAAAUGUUGGUGAAACCAUAGAGGUGUCCUGCACAGUGAAUGGCAUUCCUCCUCCACACAUCACGUGGUUUAAAAACAAUGAGACUCUGGUGGAAGAUUCAGGUAUUGUUUUGAAAGAUGGAAACAAAACUCUAACCAUCCGCCGAGUGAGGAAAGAAGAUGGAGGACUCUACACCUGCCUUGCCUGCAAUGUCCUUGGAUGUACAACAGCAGUGGCUCAUUUUUCAGUGGAAGGCGCUGAAGAGAAAACAAACCUGGAGCUCAUUAUCCUGGUUGGCACUGCAGUGAUUGCCAUGUUCUUCUGGUUGCUGCUUGUAAUCAUCCUCCGGACCGUUAAGAGGGCCAAUGGAGGGGACAUGAAGACUGGCUACCUGUCAAUCAUCAUGGAUCCUGAUGAAGUCCCUCUCGAUGAGCACUGUGAACGGCUCCCCUAUGAUGCCAGCAAGUGGGAAUUUCCCAGGGACCGCCUAAAGCUGGGUAAACCUCUUGGGCGUGGAGCUUUUGGCCAGGUCAUAGAGGCAGACGCCUUUGGGAUCGACAAAACUGCCACCUGCAGAACAGUGGCAGUCAAAAUGCUGAAAGAGGGUGCAACCCAUAGUGAGCACAGAGCACUGAUGUCAGAGCUGAAGAUUCUCAUUCACAUCGGUCACCACCUCAACGUUGUCAAUUUGCUUGGAGCCUGCACGAAGCCAGGAGGCCCACUGAUGGUGAUUGUGGAAUACUGCAAGUUUGGCAACCUGUCAGCUUACCUACGGAGCAAGAGGAGUGAGUUUGUGCCCUACAAGACCAGAGGUGCCAGGCUCCGGCAGGGGAAGGAGAACUACAUGGGUGAGGUCUCUGCAGACCUGAAGCGGCGGCUGGACAGCAUCACCAGCAGCCAGAGCUCAGCAAGCUCUGGCUUCCUGGAGGAGCGCUCCCUGAGCGACGUGGAGGAGGAGGAUGCUGGGCCUGAAGACCUUUGCAAGAACCCUUUGACCAUGGAGGACCUCAUCUGUUACAGCUUCCAGGUGGCCAGAGGGAUGGAGUUCUUGGCUUCACGCAAAUGCAUCCACAGGGACCUGGCUGCUCGUAACAUCCUCCUGGCAGACAACAACGUCGUCAAGAUCUGUGAUUUCGGCUUGGCUCGGGACAUCUACAAAGACCCAGACUACGUCAGGAAGGGAGAUGCCAGACUACCCCUCAAGUGGAUGGCACCAGAAACCAUUUUUGAUAGAGUGUACACCAUCCAGAGUGAUGUGUGGUCCUUUGGAGUUCUGCUGUGGGAAAUAUUUUCACUAGGUGCCUCACCCUACCCGGGAGUGAAAAUCGAUGAAGAGUUCUGCAGGAGGCUGAAAGAAGGCACCAGAAUGAGGGCACCAGACUAUACAACACCAGAAAUGUACCAAACAAUGCUGGAUUGCUGGCAUGGAGAUCCGAAGCAGAGGCCAACUUUUUCAGAGCUGGUGGAGCACCUGGGCAAUUUACUGCAAGCCAACGUCCGGCAGGAUGGCAAAGACUACGUUGUCCUUCCUCUGUCAGUGUCGCUCAACAUGGAAGAGGAUUCAGGCCUCUCUCUCCCAACUUCACCUGCUUCCUGUAGGGAGGAAGAGGAAGUCUGUGAUCCUAAAUUCCAUUAUGACAACACAGCAGGAAUUAGUCAGUACCGACAAGAUAGCAAAAGGAAAAGCCGCCCUGUCAGCGUGAAAACCUUUGAGGAUGUCCCACUGGUAACCACUGUAAAAGUUGUUCAGGAGGAGAACCAAACAGAUAGUGGGAUGGUUCUUGCCUCAGAAGAGCUGAAGACUUUGGAGGAGAGUGACAAAGAAGUGAAAAUCCCCUUUAGCACGCUGGUGCCCAGCAAGAGCAACGAGUCCGUCAUGUCCGAAGCCUCCAACCAGACCAGCGGGUACCAGUCAGGGUAUCACUCAGACGACAUGGACACCACCGUCUGCUCCAGCGAGGAGACCGAACUCUUGUGUGUGCGGGAGGCCUCGCUGCCCCUCUGCCAGGCUCAUGGCCUGCCCUACGAUGGCACCGUGCCACGGCCACCCCUCUGCCACGCUCACGGCCUGCCCUACGAUGGCACCGGGCCACGGCCACCCCUCUGCCACGCUCACAGCCUGCCCUAUGAUGGCACUGUGCUGCCGCUCUCCUCCCCACCGCUCUAG